AUGUCUGAAGUGAUACAUCAAUAUUUUAAUCGGAGGUACUCUGAGUGGGAUAUUACAGACUUCCUACAGGAAUGUGAACUUGAAGACUUAGGUGAUAAAAUAAGCGUUUACAUUAAAUCUCUCGAAAUAAUAGCUAAUACCAAUAAAGGACAAAGGGGCAAUAAAGCAAAGGAGUUGCUUGCAAAAUAUAGAGAGGUGAAUGUAAUUUUUUUAGUUAAAAAUAUAGAGAAUUUGGUAGCGUGUGCGGGACCUCGAAGGUCUCGUAUCAUUCAAGCCUCGAAGGCAAGCUACGAAGUUAGUGUUGGGGCGGGGGCAAUCUCGAAGAUUGUCUUACGUUCAAGGCUCAAAGAUAUUGCUGACUUACAAUUUCACAUGCCAGGGUUCUCGGCCAGAUCGUAUUCGUGCUCAUCUCACAGUGAAACUUCAGUUAACUUUUACGGAGACUAUUUGAAUAAUGGAAUAACAUCAAAUGGAAGUGGUGCAACAAAUAUUUCACAUACUAAAUGCGGACAAAGACAAAGUUCAAAGGAUUUAAAUGACAAAAUCAAUGAAUUCAUGUUGAGUCCCAAUGAACAACAACCGAAUCGGUUCACCAAGAAACUUAGGAAAUUGGAUGACACAAUAGAGUAUAAAUUUACAUGUUCUGAUGAGGAUAAUGAUUUUUAUGAAGAUGAUGAAAGUAGAGAAAUGAGUGAAUCGAGUAUAUCUGAAUUUAAAGAUUCAUAUAGAGGAAUGAAAAAUGAGAAAAAAUGGUAUUUGACAUCAGGGAAAUGUGUUGAAGAUGCAUUAUAUGCUUUUGGAAAUCAAUGCCGGUUUGAACACCUUGCACAUUCAUUCAUUAUUGACCCUGAUGAUGAAUCUUAUAUUAAAAACAAUAUUUUUACCUCCGAAGAACUGGAAGAAAUCCGUAAUACAGAAGCAAAAGACCUUCCAGAAAUGCCAAAUGAAUUAUUAAA